AUGUAUUCAUGUGUUGGUACAGGAAAAUCUAAUAUUAUGAUAGUACAUGGAGGCAUAUCUACCCGAAUUGAUUUACAGCAAAUAAAUUCUCUUGAAAGAAAUCGAUAUCUAUUAUGGAGUGAUCCAGAUCCUGAAAAUUGUUCCGGUUGUCGAAAUAAUGAUAAUAGAUGUAUCGGUUGUUUUUUUGGUUCAGAUGUAACAGAAGAAUUUCUUAGUGAAAAUAAUUUUUCAAUGAUUAUACGUUCACAUCAAGUCAAAGAAAGAGGUUAUGAUUUUGAUCAUAAUGGAAAUGUUUUAACUAUUUUCAGUGCAUCAAAUUAUUGUGAUGGAUCCAAUUAUGGUGCUUUUGCACGAUGGGAUUAUAUGGCCGAGGGACCAGAAAUGACUUCAUUUACAUUACAAGAUAUAAAUCCAAAUGAACAAUUAAGUUUUAAUAAAAAAGUAACAUUAUUUGAAGAUCCAGUUUAUCAAACAUUAAUGAAGAAAAUUGUAGCAAAGAAAAGUUUACUUAAAAAAGAAUUUGAAAAAGCAGAUAAAAAUCAAACUGAAUAUUUAUCACCAACUGUUUGGUCUGAUAUCAUGAAAAAUAUUCUUCAAAUUGAUUUACCUUGGCUUACUCUACGUUCAAAAUUUGUAAGAGAAGAUGCACAAGGAGUUCUAUAUAAUACUACAAUUGAAGAUUAUGCAUUACAUAAUACAAAAUUUCAAAAAACUCAUACAGGUAUUAUGGAAGAUCUCUAUAUGUGGAAAGAUACACUUAUGACAUUAUUUAAUUUAAUUGAUUCUGAUCAUUCGGGUUUUAUAAGUCGUGAUGAAUUUUGUGAUGUUCUUAAACUAAUAUUUUACGGUGAAAAUGGUAACAAUGAUGUUAGUCAAACAUAUAUUGAAGAAGUCAUUUCUGCAAUGGAUUUUGAUAAAGAUGGAAAAAUUGAUGUUAAUGAAUUUCUUGAGAGUUUUCGUAUUGUUAAUAUCAAGAAACCAGAAAAUUUACAUGAUAAAUGGAAAAGAAAAUCAAAUAGGUGGUAAACAUGUGUUAACUAAUAUAGCUUGACAGCAAAUGGAACUAUAUUGAAGAAUAAAUAACUAUUAGUUUUUCUUUUUUGAUGAAAUGUACGACAAAAUAAUUGUACGUAUAAAUAUUCAUAGUUCAAACUUAUUAAACAUGAACAUAACAAUCUUCGUUUUUUCUGACUUUAAUAUAUAUAAAGAAGGGCGUGGGUAUAG